AUGGCUCGCCCCGUUGCGCGAAGCGCUUUUGCUCAGCCAAGGCAAAUCACCCCCUCCGUAUACUUCCAGGCCGUUCGAUGCUACGGUGCGAGCGCUGGUCUGUCACAGGAUGAGGUCACUGGCAGAAUAAUGGAACUUUUGAAGAACUUCGACAAGCUUAACGCCGAAUCGCACUUCCACAACGACCUCGGUCUUGAUAGUCUGGAUACCGUAGAAGUGGUCAUGGCAAUUGAGGAGGAAUUCAGCAUUGAGAUCCCCGACAAGGAGGCGGAUGCCAUCCACAGUGUCAAGCAGGCAGUGGACUACAUCAUGGCCCAACCCGAUGCGCACUAA